AUGAGACUGGCCUUCGUCCUGGGCCGGUUUUGUCCACGUCCGGGCUUCCGAGCGCCAGCGAACGGCACCCAUUUCUACUCCACAUUCAGAGGCGCUUUCCGCACCACCCAGACGAGGCGGCUGCCAUGGCGGGCCAACCGAUACACGAAAUACACCCUCCGAGCGGGCGGUGCAGGUGCAGGCGCGCUCGGCACGGCUGCCUUUUUUGAACUGUCAGAAAAGGAUAACGGGGGCACCGACCAGACGGGCGAGAAGCGCAUGCUCGAGGUCAGCCGAGCCGAGAUCAAGAAGAAGGUCGCCGACGAUGACAGCGGCAUCUCGCGCGCCUGGCACACGCUGAAGAUCGCCGUGGACGUCUACAUCUGGGAGCCAUUGUGCACUGGCGCGCGCUUUCUCCAUCUCCUCGUCAUCUUCGUCCCCGUCAUCGUUGCGGUCCCCGCCAUCUGGCUGGGUAAGCGGCGGCCCGAUCGCGAUAAUGAGCGCAGCGGAACGCUCUGGUGGUACGGCUUCCUGGUCCAGUCAAUGGAAUGGGCUGGGCCGGCCUUCAUCAAGCUCGGUCAAUGGGCAGCUUCGCGCUCCGACAUCUUCCCCAACGAAAUGUGCGAAAUCAUGUCGAAACUCCACUCCAACGCCCCGGCGCACUCCAUGCACGAAACCAAGCGCAUCGUCUCCGCUGCCUUUGACGGCCGCCACUUUGACGACAUCUUUGAGGAAUUUGACGAGAAGCCGUUAGGCGUCGGCGCCAUUGCGCAGGUUUACCGGGCCAAGCUGAAGCCCGACCUUGCCGCGCCCAGCGACAACGACAUCGUCGAUGGACCCCAGCCGCUCCGCCACAAGGUGGCCAAGAACGUCGAUGCAGCUCUCAAGAGCACGCCGAAGAGGGUCCCUUCGACCUACGUCGCCGUCAAGGUGCUGCACCCGCGCGUUGAGAGGACCGUCCGGCGAGACCUGCGCAUCAUGCACUUCUUCGCAUCUGCCCUUAACCUCAUUCCCACGAUCGAGUGGCUCUCCCUCCCCGACGAGGUCGCCCAGUUCGGCGAGAUGAUGAAGCUCCAGCUUGACCUCCGCAUCGAGGCCGCCAACCUCGCCAAGUUCCGUAAAAACUUCAAGGAACGCACCACCGCCUGGUUCCCGUAUCCCUACACCGAGUUCACCACCCGCAACGUGCUGGUCGAGGAGUUCGCGCAGGGUAUCCCGUUGGCCGACUUUUUGGAGAACGGCGGCGGGGUCUUCCAGCAGGACAUCGCCUCGGAGGGCCUCGACGCCUUCCUGCGCAUGCUGCUGAUCGACAAUUUUGUCCACGCAGACCUGCAUCCCGGCAACAUCAUGGUGCGCUUCUACCAAUCCCACGAGCCCGACAUCAAGUUCCGUAAGAACCACAGCAAAGAGCACUUUGAAGAGCAGGACGACGUUACGGAGCAGGUCCUUGCUAGACUGCGCCCCUACCGCCACCGCAAGAAUCCGGCCGCUUGGGUCGCCGAGCUCCAAAAGAUCGACAACGAGGGCUUCCGCCCGCAGCUCAUCUUCAUCGAUACGGGCCUCGUGACGGAGCUCAAUGAGACGAACCGUACCAACUUCCUCGACCUGUUCCGCGCCGUGGCCGAGUUCGACGGCUACAAGGCUGGCAACCUCAUGUGCGAGCGCUGUCGCCAGCCCGACGCCGUGCUGGACAAGGAGGUGUUUGCGCUCAAGAUGCAGCACCUCGUCCUCGGCGUCAAGAGCCGCACCCUGGCGCUGGGGAACAUCAAGAUUGGCGAUAUCCUGCAGGAAGUGCUGGGCAUGGUCCGCGGCCACCAUGUCCGGCUCGAGGGCGACUUUGUGAACGUUGUCAUCAGCAUCUUGCUUCUCGAGGGCAUCGGGCGGAGCCUGAACCCCGACAUGGAUCUGCUCACCAGCUCCCUCCCGAUUCUGCGCCAGCUGAGCGCCCAGAGCGGCGCCGAGAUGGCGAAGCACGGCGAUUUCAGCAUGUUGGUGGUGUGGGCGGGCCUGGAGACCAGACGCUUCUUGCAGGCUAGCAUCGAAGAUGUUGAACGUUGCGUCAAGUACGACCUCCUCGCACCGAAUGUGUAA